UGUGGGAGUUACCAAUAUGGCGGUGUAGCAAAAUGCACCAGGAAAAGAUUGUAAACAAGAUUUGAGGUCAGAAAAAAAACUAAAUAUGGUUUGCUGACAAUAAGGAUCGGCGUAUAUACUCUUGGAGUUGGCCUUUUCCAAGCAGCAUGUCAUCUAACUUCAUCCCCAUGCUUUCGUCAAGUCCUCCUCCUCUGGAUGAGAUCCAGUCAUUUGACGAUGGCUGGGGAACAGAGGAUGGAGAUGAUGAAUUUGGAGGCUUUGCCAGUGCUGAGACAAGCCCUUCAAAGCAGGGACCAUUUGGUGAUGAGUUUGGGGGCUUUGCAAGUGUAGAAAAAGGUCCAACAAAUCAACCAUCUCUUGAAAAAUCCAGUAGUGAUGAUUUUUCCUCAAGCUCAACAUCAUUAAAUAAAGCACCAAACCAUACUGAGUUCUGUGGGAAUUCCACUCAUGACGACCCAGGUGAUUGGCAAAAUUUUGCAGACUUUACCUCUUUUCCGUCUUCAUCAGACCCUAUCAGUUGUGAUGACUGGGUGACAGAGGAGAGAAGUCCCCACACUAAUAACGAGGAAUCAGGUGAAAGUGACUGCAGAGAAGACACUGCUCCUAACUGUACCUCAGAUAUGCGUCGGAGCAGCAGUAGUGUUCAGGAUGAUUUCAGUCGUUCCACAGUUGACUCAGGAGUGGAGGUGAAAAUCAACACUCAGAACAAGAUGGUCAAUGGUAACACAGCAGGACAAGAUGGCAUCCAUAUGGUUGUCAGCCCAGUAAGCACUGACGAUAUUUCAUGGGGAGAUGAUGGAUUUAGUGAGUUUACUUCAGGGUCAGUCAUUGAAACAAAUGAAGAAAUUCAGCUGGCAGAAAAUGAUAUGAAUGAUGAUAGUGAACCUAAGUCUGAAAUAUCAGAACUUAAUAAUCAAAUUAUCGAGAAUGCAAUUCCAAAUUCCUCGGCGUCUCUUCCUGGAAAAGCAUUUUCCAGCUCUUCUUGCAGUGACGAAGAUGAUACUUUAGCUGAUGAUAAAUGUGAGAAAAUGAGGACUUCAGAAAACAUUUCCCCUACAGAAAAUUCAGUAAUUCCAUCAGAUUCAGCUCACCACUGUGUUCAAUUGCCGUGCAGUUCACAGGGAAACGAGAAUAACAAUAUGUCAGCUACUCCACAGUAUUUUGAUGAUACAAACCAAAGUGAAUUGGAAGAGGAAGCAUCCCAGGAUAAUGAUGGCAUUAAGAGGACCUCAGACACUGGUGACGGUAUGAUCAUGUCAGGUAUGCAAUACGAUAGUUCUGAUAAACAUACAUUGGCAAUGGAAGAGCCAAGUGCAACAGUGUCAGAUAAUGAAAUCUUACCUGGUUCUGGAGAUGUCAGUUCAGAAAAGUCGGACAACAAAGAGGAAGACUGGCUAGAAGCAGAAAUCCAGAAUGAGCAGAAUUUAACUUUGCAGGAUAACAGUACAGGGGAGAGCAAAGAUGCAACAAAUAAGAAUCUUUCCGAGGAGGAGUCUUUUAACAGUUUUGACAAUAAUGAUGCCUCGUUUGCAGCUUUCCAGUCAACAGAGGGUGCUAGUGAUGGGGGAUGGGCAGCGUUUGAAGACACUGAAGUAUCAGGCCAAGAUGGGGGUUGGGCAACAUUCCAGGAUGCCGCACCGGAUGGUGCUGUGUCAGCAGCGGACUUUGGAGACUUUACUGCUUCAGAUGAUGUUGAUGACUUUGGGGAUUUCAACAAAAAUAACCAGGAGGAUGGGGGUGAUGAUUUUGGCAAAUUUAGUGUGAAAGAGGAGAAUGGGGAGGGGGAUGAUGACUUUGGAGACUUUGGCAAUUUUAGCACCAUAAAAGAAGAUGACUUAAAUUUAUCAAAGGAUAGUGAGAAUGACUUUGGGCAGUUUCAGGAGGAUGGCAAUGAUGACUUUGGUGAUUUCAAUAUGGGCCAAGAUGCAGAUGACUUUGAAAAUUUUGAUGAUACUGGGAGUGGGAAUGGUUUUGGUGCUUUUGAUUCUCAUGAGCCUCAGCGGGAUGUGUCUCUUUCCAAGACCUCCAAUGCCAGCCCUGUGUUCAAUCUGCUAUCUAAAUGUUUUCCCCAAACAGCAAAGGAGGAUGCCUCUUUUUCCUUCAGCAAACUCCUUGAUGUCAUAACCACCCAGACAGGAAUACAGAUGGAGAAACUGUCAGCCAAUCAGGGGAAGAGCUGUCUGAAUGUAUGGUCUGGUCUCCAUGAUACAGAGAAUACUGAAGCUCUCACGUACCAGUGGUCCAAGUCUGUGUCCAACGACAAAUUGCUCAAAGCUCUCAACAUUGAUACAAGGAACAUUCUGAUGGGCCACAAAAAGCAGUCCAUGCCCAUCUUUGCCUCUCACCUUGGUCUUCUGGAGCCCAGCAAGGGCCCCUUACAGCCCAAGAAAAUCCCCCAGCCAGAGAGCCCCCUGGUGGACACAGUGUCCAGUGUACAGCAGUCUGCCCUUACACCACAGGUACGUCUACUUCAACAGAAGAUUGGAGAGUCUUUAGGGAUACUACAGUUGAUACAUUGA